CAGUAUGCCGGUUGCGUUUAUGGUGUGCGUUCCUCCUCCUCCCGGAAUAACUAUGUAGCAUCAUUGCUCGUGGUGGACGAUGCCGCUAGAAGGUAGAGGAGUUGCUACUUCUGACCCAAGAAACGAGGUCAGUCCACAUGACCGACGUUCCCGGUCGAUCUCGUCAAGGAUCCGGAAGGAGUUCUUCACCGCGAUGGCUAGUCCAUUACGCGUCUGAUGAAUGCGUCAGUGAUAAAAACACUUCGCGUCCUCUUUCUUCCUUUCGUCUGCACAGUCUUCCUGAUUGCCCACUUCCACCAGAGCCAACCCUACCUACAACCAUCAACCAAGAUCACCAUCACCAACGACAGUGUUCAAGCCACUGUGCCCGUGGGCAUCUCCCGUACCCUUACACCUACUGGAAAGCGAACCAGCUACACUCGUCAGCUGCAUGUUGAUAACAGCUUCAUGAAUGGCAGCACCUCAGCAACCGUCAAAGAUUUCCCGUUCCAGCACUAUGACCCUGUGAAUCCCCCACUGUUCAUACUGAAGAAUGACACAAAGAAAUAUUUCGUGAACUUUUCCCAUGGCACAUGCUUCCUGAGGGGAACUAAUCUGAGUUCGAGCAACCGAACUUGUGUCUGCCUUCCACGAUGGUCUGGUUCCGAUUGCAGCGUCCCAGAGGCUGUUUUGGCAUCACAAAAAUUCAAGAGGAAAUAUACGAACAAGUCUAUAAAAAGGCGAUCUUCUCCGAGACGGGUCAUCAACGCCCUCAACAUCAAUCACGAAAUGGAUAUGUUAGAAAUAAGGGUUCACGAACUCAAUGACGUUGUCGACGUUUUCGUGAUAUGCGAGUCAAACUACACAGCUUACGGAGAACCGAAGCCCCUGUAUCUCCUAAGAAAUCUUCGGAACGGUUUCUUGAAAGAGUUCCAGCACAAGAUAGUUUACGUCUGGCUGGACCACUUCCCAGAAGGCGGAAAAGAAGACGGUUGGAUCGCGGACAGUUAUUUGAGAACUUUUUUAUGGAAACAAGGAAAGACACAACUCUCUGGGCUUAGAGACGACGAUUUGUUUAUUUUAACGGACGCGGACGAGAUUCCGCGAGCGGAAGUGGUUGCCUUCUUGAAGAACCACGACGGUUUUGGCGAGCCCAUCUCCUGGAGGCUCCGAUGGCACGUCUUCGGGUUCUUCUGGUUGAACUUUAUGGAACACGUGGAGGUUUCCGCAGCGUGUACCAUAAAGUAUCUCAGAGAGGCGCUCAAGGACGAUGCCAUUAAUGUGCGAAGUGGGAAGUUGCCGAAGGAUGCGCAGCCAUGGCAGAGAGCCAUGAUGGAUGAAUGGACUAUUGGUCAGAACAGGGGACAGAACGGUGGAUGGCAUUGUUCUUGGUGUUACAAGACAGAGGAUGUGAAAAUUAAGCUGGUGUCAGCUCAGAAGAGCGAUGGUACACGUUGGGGUGACUUUCCGGAAAAGAUGGAAACGAAAUAUCUCUUAUCAUUGGUGAAAGAAGGACGGUGGUUCAAUGGGAAAAAGAUUGGACUGAGAAGCCACGUUGACAGUACGACGACACCGGCCUACGUGCUGGCACAUCCGGAUAAAUUUUCGUACAUGUUAGCUCCACCGGGUGAAGUUUUCAUGAAGCGGUCAUGAAACUGGUGAAUGGUCUGCGGAUAAUGGGAGCAACAGUGAGUGCGAGUGACAUGUAGUGAACGGGUACAUAAUCAUACGGUGUCUUACUAGUUAAGAAUUCUGGACAGAUUGUAUUUACAUCUUUUUAGUCCAUAUGCGCAUAGGUUUUUAAUAUUAUACUCUUUUUAGUUUUGGCGACGAUGCCAUACAACGGAAAGAGGUCAUGAUUAAAUGGUUUUAACGAUCUAAACAGUGCGUGAAAACUAAC